UAAAACGUGCGACGGCGACCAGUUUUCAUAUCACUACCGUUUGAGUUCUUGUGCUGUGUGGAUAUCCUCCCGACACAAAGCCGCUCCAUCAGACCGAAAGACUUAAUUUAUAUUUAUUUAAUUAAUUUUAAUAAAAACAGACCAAAACUUACAAAAUGUGUGACGAAGAAGUUGCUGCAUUGGUUGUCGAUAACGGCUCUGGCAUGUGCAAGGCCGGUUUCGCCGGAGACGAUGCGCCCCGCGCCGUCUUCCCCUCGAUUGUGGGCCGUCCCCGCCAUCAGGGCGUUAUGGUCGGUAUGGGCCAGAAGGACUCGUACGUUGGUGAUGAGGCCCAGAGCAAGCGUGGCAUCCUCACCCUCAAGUAUCCCAUUGAGCACGGUAUUGUGACCAACUGGGAUGAUAUGGAGAAGAUCUGGCAUCACACCUUCUACAAUGAGCUGCGUGUUGCCCCCGAGGAGCACCCCGUCCUCCUGACUGAGGCUCCCCUCAACCCCAAGGCUAACCGUGAGAAGAUGACACAGAUCAUGUUCGAGACCUUCAACACACCCGCCAUGUACGUGGCCAUUCAGGCCGUACUCUCACUGUACGCUUCCGGUCGUACCACCGGUAUUGUGCUGGAUUCCGGUGAUGGUGUCUCCCACACCGUCCCCAUCUAUGAGGGUUAUGCUCUGCCCCAUGCCAUCCUCCGUUUGGAUCUGGCUGGUCGCGAUCUGACCGACUACCUGAUGAAGAUCCUCACCGAGCGUGGCUACUCCUUCACCACCACCGCUGAGCGUGAAAUCGUCCGUGACAUCAAGGAGAAGCUGUGCUAUGUGGCUCUGGACUUUGAGCAGGAGAUGGCCACCGCUGCCUCUAGCUCCUCCCUGGAGAAGUCUUAUGAGCUUCCCGACGGUCAGGUCAUCACCAUCGGCAAUGAGCGUUUCCGUUGCCCCGAGGCCCUGUUCCAGCCCUCGUUCCUGGGUAUGGAGGCGUGCGGCAUCCACGAGACCACCUACAACUCGAUCAUGAAGUGCGAUGUGGAUAUCCGUAAGGAUCUGUAUGCCAACACUGUCCUGUCCGGUGGCACCACCAUGUAUCCUGGUAUUGCCGAUCGUAUGCAGAAGGAGAUCACCGCCCUGGCCCCGUCCACCAUGAAGAUCAAGAUCAUUGCUCCGCCAGAGCGCAAGUACUCUGUAUGGAUCGGUGGCUCCAUUCUGGCAUCGUUGUCCACCUUCCAGCAGAUGUGGAUCUCCAAGCAGGAGUACGAUGAGUCUGGCCCAUCCAUUGUCCACCGCAAGUGCUUCUAAGAAGGAGGAUCAUCAUCACCAGGAUGAGGAUGUGGAGGAGGAGAAGGAGAAGGAUGAUUGGAGGGAGAAGAAAGAAUUCAACUCGAAGGCGCAAGUGCGAGUGCGAGUGCGAGUGGUGGAAGUUAAGAAGAGUGCAGCACAACAACAACAACAACACCAUCUAAUGCAGAAACAGCAACAACACACCAUCACCAUCAUCUGGCGUGUUGUGUUCUAGAAUUAAUUUAAUUUAUUCCAUGAGAUAAAAUGUACUAUGUAUUUUUGUUUUUUUUUUUUUUUGUAUACCUUUUAAUAUAACAAAAACUACAACAAAAAAAAAUUAGAUGAAACGAGAACAGCAUAAUUCUGCCAUUCCAUGGACACAACACUCACUCUCACCCACACACCCACACACACACACACACUAUACACACUACACACUCACUCUCUCACACAAGAACAACAAAAAAUGCGUAAAAAAGACAACAACACACACACAAACAAGAUUGAAGAGAAAUUCAUUACAAAACACAAACAACACACUAGCGUUUUGUAAAAUUCGUCAGCAACCUUAUGUAUUAUUUUUUAAUUAUGAUGUAAUUAUAAACAAAGUGAAACAAAAAUAUGAAAACAAGGAAAAAUCCAA